AUGGCGACUCAGGUCAAGAACACCAAGAGGCCUUCUCUUGAGAUGAACAGAACUGGACAGGGGGCUUUCCCUAACCAUAUCCCAUCCGACAUAUUGGUUCAAGUUGGUGGAGCAAAAUUCCCCCUUCACAAGUUUAUGUUGGUAGCAAAGAGUAACCACAUACGAAACUUAGUUCUAGAAUCGAGAGUACCUGAUUUGGGGAGGAUAGAUCUCUCCGAUAUCCCUGGAGGAGCUGAGAUCUUUGAGAAAGUAGCAAGGUUUUGCUAUGGUGUUAAUUUUGAAAUCACUGUAAAUAAUGUAGCAGCUCUCCACUGUGCUGCAGAGUACCUUCAAAUGACUGAUGAGUACUGCGACGGCAACCUUGCCAGCCGGACAUAUGGCUUCCUCGCCGAAGUAGCCUUAAAGAGCUUCUCCGGCGCCAUUACUGUUUUAAAAUCAUGUGAAGAUCUUCUUCCUGUAGCUCAACAACUCAACAUCGUUAACCAAUGUAUGGAAGUUGCCAGCGCUAAGGCAUGUGACGAAGCCAAUUUUCCUAGUCGUUCACCUCCGAAUUGGUGGACAGAAGAACUAUCAAUCGUCGACAUAACCUUCUUUCAAAAAUUCAUCGAUUCGAUGAAAUCACGCAGCGCCAAGGCAUUCACAAUCGCCGACGCAAUCACAACCUACGCUAAGAGAUCGUUGCCGGACCUCAUGCGUGACCAUUCCAUCAACGGCAUAAAAUCUCCGGUAUCCAAUCACUCCUCCACCUCCAUAAUCAAUCAACGAAAGCUCGUAGAAUCAAUCGUCGCACUAUUCCCUGUCGAAAAUCAACAAGUUGUUUUCUCAAUCAGCUUCCUAUGUUGCCUCCUCCGGACUGCGAUCUUUCUCGAAACCAAUGCGAAUUGCAAGAAGCAGAUCGAGAAGCGGAUGUCAGUCAUCCUAGAUCAAGUAACCGUCGACGAUCUAGUCGCAUUGUCAUACACGUUUGACGGAGAGCGAUUGUGUGAUAUGGAGAGUGUACGGAGGAUCGUGAGCGGAUUCGUGGAGAAGGAGAAGAGUGUGAAAGUAUUUAACUAUGGUGAAUUUAAGAAGACUCCGUCGCCGGCGAUGUUUAGGGUGGCGAAGACUGUUGACGCGUAUCUCGCUGCAAUCGCCAGGACUGCUGAAUUGAGCAUUUCAAAGUUCAAUGGAAUUGCUAAUUUGAUGCCGAAAAAUGCUCGACAAGUUGAUGAUGAUCUCUACCGCGCCAUUGAUAGAUACCUCCAGGUUACUUUGACGCAUCUGACCUUGGAUGAAAUCGAGCGAGAGAAAGUUUGCAAUUCAAUGGAUCCAUUAAAACUAUCCAUUGAAGCAAGGGCACACUCUUCACAAAACAAAAGACUUCCAUUGCAAAUAGUUUUGCACACGCUUUAUUGUGAUCAAUUAGAAAUAAGAAGUAGGCAAAGCACACCAAUCGCCCAAAGCAUGAGGCUUCAGGUACAAUCGGAUGUGUUAUUAGCCAAAGAAAAUGAAACAUUAAGAUCUGAGUUAUUGAAAAUGAAGAUGUACAUAUCAGAUAUGCAAAAGAAUCAAGUAAGUGCGACAUCUAGUAAACCGAAGAAAAUGAAGAAGCCUACACUCUUCUCAUCAGUGUCGAAGACUUUGGGGAAAUUAAACCCUUUUAAAAAUGGAUCAAAAGACACUUCGAAUAUCGAUGAUGGAAUAAAUCAUACACAGCCUCGUAAGAGAAGAUUUUCUAUUUUGUAA